GCGUACACACAUACACACAUCUGCAUGUUCCAUUCAUUCGCUCGUUGGUUGUUGACUUCUUCUCGUGGCGCACGCUUCGCUCCUGUUCUGUGUUUCUGCAAGCACUCGCCACUCUGUGCGAACCCUGUGGAACCGGACCUAACUGCCGCGGUAAGCAGAACAAGCGCGCGCCACGCAUAACAUCAAAGAUGCAGGAUGGUCUCAUUUCCCGCGCCGGGGCAGCUAUCUGUAACGACACCUAUCCUGCCAAGGGGUCAGCCAACUACAACGUUCCACCAGUGGACGGAGGAGCGGGUCAAUACUCUCCCUCGAAAGCAUGUGCCCAUCAUCAUCAUCACCCUGCCCGGCAGCAGCAGCAGCAGCCGCCCUCCCCGCAGCACACGCCGAGUGGAGACUUUAAGCUCUGCGGGUACGACGGUACUACGAUGAGCUGUGGUCCGCUGGGUGAUGAGUGUUUACCAAGCAGCACCGGUGGAAGUCCACUGACCGGCCGCACCGGAAAGGCGGACCUGUUUGGUGUGCUGGAGUUUUGGCUACAGAUACGCUAUGACCUAUCGACGCUACCGUGGGAACAAUUGCAAACGAUCCAGCUAAAGAACCCCCGUGCCGCACCGGGCUGUGCGUACAUUCCGACAAAGGUGGAACACAUUGCCAACAUAGUCACGCACGGUACCUGGGUACUGCCAUCGAUGUAUGCCGCCCUCUACCUUUACGGGCGCAGCCACACGCCAGCCCAAACGCUUGCGGCCAUCAUCUAUGGGGCGGCCCUUUCGAUGCUGUUCUUUGUCUCGACCUGCUUCCACUGCGUCUGCUACUGUAACCACAAUCGGCCGCUGAAGGAUGCGCUGCAUCGAUGUGAUCGUGCGAUGAUCUACAUCUUCAUCGCCGGCUCGUACUAUCCGUGGCUCAGCCUGGGACAUACGACUCAUCCGCAGAUAGUGUCCGUGGUAAAGUGGAGCGUCUGGGUGAUGGCCGUGCUGGGCAUUGUUUAUCAACAGAUGUACCACGAACGGUACAAGUGCUUGGAGACGUUCUUCUACGUGGUGAUCGGACUCGGCCCAUCGGUCGUGAUUGUGCUGUGGGGCCACGAGUUUACCGGUAUGGCCGAGCUAAAGUUUGGCGGUGUGCUGUACAUUAUCGGUAUCGUGUUCUUUAAGUCGGAUGGGCUUUUCCCUUUCGCGCACGCGAUCUGGCAUCUGUUUGUGGUGUUUGCCGCAUCCGUGCAUUACUUUGCCAUCAUGACCUACCUGUUUCCGGACACGAGCACCAUCGUUUCAUCCGCGGUGGAAGGUGCUGCGGCCGGUUAAACUGGCAAAAGGCGAUGUGGGUGGCUGGCUUUAUUCUUGUUCCCUUUUUCUCGCUUAUCUCACACUGUUUGUGUUCAAAGCCUUUCGAUUAGUUAGAUUUUAUUAAGUUUUGUACAGCGUAAUUGUAAGUAGACUUUUUUUUGUGGGAGUGCGCUGGUGCGAUCCGCUACAGCUAAAAGAAGGUUAAACAGAGUGUAUACCAAGGCAAAGGAAGAGGACACACGUUUCCUAGAAACGAAAUGAUAUAUUUUUAACACAACAGUUUGGUACCCAGUGUAGCCUGGGAUCGUGUGGCUAGCGUGUGUAAUAGGGAAAGGAGUUUUGGAGGUGUACAAGAGUGUGCAAGCUACUGGGUGUAGCUGUUGGAACCAUUUCCUCCCCACCUUUAUGGGUAAAAAUCAAACCUGCUCAAUUUACUUUUUCUAUCCUUACAAUUCAUAUUGUAUAAGCAUUUAUGUUUUUUUCUUUCGCUUAUGUUGUACGCCUUUUUGGCAGGCGAUACCCAUGGAGAGGGUUUUGUUUUCGCUUAUACAAUCCUUAAAGUGCAACAAAUGGUCGAAAAAGGCAUCUUAAAAUGAUAGAAUCGGUGACGGAGGUCAUUUCAUUGUAGACAUAUUUGUGGUUUCUGUUUUUUGUCUUCUUGUUCUGUCUUAUUGUGAUACUUAGCAUGACUAAGAAAAGUUUAUAAUAUUUAAUUAGUUAACAUUUUCUUAAUCCCUGUCCCACUUCCCGGACCCUCCCCGGUUGAGGAAUUGAACAUAGAAAAUUAAUUAUUACGUUAUUAGUGGUACAAAACAGUUGUCUCAGUUGUGGCGACCCCUCCCCACAAUGUAAGCAAGCAAGCAAGUAAGCAGCAAGUGCAACUCAAACCACCUAAAAAUUAAAUGUCGAACAGAAAGAGCAGAAUGAUGCUCUUUGUAUAAGGUGCAAUGUUGUACCACAACAUCGACGGGUAGAUUUGAUAUUAACGUUGAGAGCGGCUGGACGAAUGGUUGGUGGCGAGCAUUGCCGCGUUAGAGUAAGCACACCCAUAGAUGGUGAAGUGUAUCACAACCAGUGGAAAAGAUAGAAGUCUGAAUUAUCGUUAGGCAAAAGGCUAUAUGGAUACAUUAACAUAUACCAAACAAAAAAAAAACAACUCGAAGCCAAAACACAGUACCAUUUCGUAGUGGUUAGCUUCAUCAAUGACUUCUUCAUCCAUCUAACGAUAAAUCCAACAAAUGUCUCUCUUGAAUGCUACACAAAAAAUACUCGAUAACAGUAUCAUUAAACCCACCUUGGUGUAGAGUAGAAUGGAAUAGAAAAAGGUUUUGCCGCGCUGAAUGCUGGAACAAAUUAAACAAACGAUCCCCCAUAUUUGCUCAGCUUAGAAAACAGAGAAAAACAAACACCCGUACUAGGCACUAGUGGCAUAUCGGGUAAACCUUACAGACAAAACACUUGGAUAAAAUUAAAAAUAAUAAGCAGGGAAUUGGGAAAUAACUAAAUCAUUAGUAAAACAAGUAGAUACAAAAAUAUCAAAAUGAAAAAUUCCACCCCAAUACCAAUCUAGCCCAUCGAUAAUUAAAUUAGGAGAAAAAAAACAAACAAACAAUUAAAUA